ACUAGAGAAACAGAGAGGAGGCCGCGCAGCCGCCGCGCCGCGCCGCGCUCCUCCCCGGCCGCCGCUCCCGGCGCUCUCCCACGCCGCGACCGACCGCCAGAUGCUUCGCAGCCACCGCCUCCUCCUCCCCGGCGGCGGCAUCCUACCCGUAUCGCCGGUCUCGUGCGGCCAUCUCCCUCUCGCGCAUUUCCUCAAACACCUGCUGGGCGGCCAUGCCGGCGUCUCCCACGCCGCGGCGGACCCGUGCUCCCUCACGCUCCACUUCCUCCGCAGCUCCUGCGGCCUCUCGGAGCCCGCCGUCGCCAAGAUCGCCGGGCGCGUCCACCUGCGCUCCACCAAGAGGGCGCACGCCGUCCUCGCCCUCUUCCGCGGCCUCGGCCUGGCGGGCGCCGACCUCGCCCGCGUCGUGGCCGCCGCCCCCGAGAUGCUCAACUACCGCGCCGACGCCGUCCUCGCGCCCAAGCUCGACUUCUUCCGCCGGGACCUGGGCCUCACCGACGACCACAUCCGCAAGACCAUCCUCGCCAACCCGUACCGCUCCCUCUGCUACAGCCUCGAGGGCCGCCUCCGCCCCAACUACCUCCUCCUCCGGGAGCUCCUCGGCACCGACCAGAACGUGCGCUCCGCCGUCAAGCAGUCCUUUGAGCUCAUCCACGGCAACGUCCGCUCCGACCUGCUCCCCAAGGUCAAGAUCCUCCGUGACCAUGGCGCCACGGACGCUGUCAUCGUCAAGCUGGUCACCACGCACCCCAGGUCGCUCAUUCACAGGUCCUCCUUCUUCAACGAGAGCCUGGCUGCCAUGAAAGAGCUCGGGGUCAGCCCGUCCUCCGGCAUCUUCCCUUACGCCUUUGGGCUGUUUGCCAGACUGAGCCCGGUGACCUGGAAGCGCAGGAUCGACAAUUAUCUCAGCUUGGGGUGGACCGAGGAGCUGGUGAAGCUGGCCUUUGUCAGGCACCCCUACUGCAUGUCUGUAUCGGACGACAAAGUGAGGCGUAUCUUGCACUUCUUUGCCGAUAAGCUUGGCUGGAGCCCGGAGUAUGUUUCGGCUAGCCCGAUGCUUAUCUCGCUCAGCUACGAGAAGCGGCUCCUACCAAGGUACCAGGUGCUGGACAUAUUGGUGUCAAGGGGUGUCAUCCGGCGAAUCCGAAUAAGCCACUUGAUACUGGGGGAGAAGAAGUUCAUGGAGAAGUAUGUCACUGGUUACCAGCAAACUAUUCCUGAAGUUCUGGAAGCUUAUAGAGGAGCUGGGACAGACAGUGCUGUGACUGUAAAGUAGCUGGAAGAUUCUGCGGCGCUCUACCCUGCACAAAGGCACUGUUUUUCCCCUGGCCUCUACUGUUAAUUUUGUUAAACUUAACUGCACUUUUCUCUUUCUGAAAUCAUGCCAUGCAAUGCACCUGGGAUCAAAGAACUUUAACUUAUAUCCUGUUUGUUAUGACUAUCCCUAUUUUUCUGUGUAAA